UUAGUUUUUUUUUUCUUUAUUUUUUUUUUUUAGAAGAAUCAUCCCUAAUUUCUUGACCCACUUUCUAACGACUGCCUCCCCCGAUAAAAAUAACGAACCUCAUCUUUCAUUUUUCACUUCCACUUUCCUCCAUUUUCUAGUCUUUGUCCGCCAUUAGCAAAAGGAAGGUCCUCAAAGCAUUUUUGGUCUUCGAUUUUCAGUUCUUACUUUGUUUUGCAGGAGGUUUUGGAGUGGACAUUGAUUUUAGCUUGUAGGUUCAAACUCCAACGAUGGAUCUUUCAGAAGAAAUACGUGCUUUGCAGCUUGAUUCAUCUGAAGAUAAUGGGGCAAUUGACGUGGAGACAAAGCCACAAGAAGUUGAUGGUCUAGUCAAAACGAAAGAAGAUAUUGAGGAGUCUUCUAAUGCCGAUCAUUUUCAUAUCGAUACAAAAGAUCAGAGAAAGAUGGAGGCUUCUGUCCAUGGAGUGAAUGAAACCUUUGUCCAUGAUGCCAAUGAAGAGGCUAAGAACAAGAAACGCCAUCUCAAUGUUGUAUCUAUUGGUCAUGUUGAUGCUGGCAAGUCAACAAUUGGUGGUCAAAUACUUUUUCUUAGUGGGCAGGUCGAUGAUCGUACUAUCCAAAAAUACGAGAAAGAAGCGAAGGAUAAAGCAAGAGACAGUUGGUAUAUGGCAUACAUUAUGGAUACCAAUGAAGAAGAACGGUCUAAGGGUAUAACAGUUGAAGUUGGAAGAGCACAUUUUGAGACCGAGAAAACUAGAUUCACCAUUUUGGAUGCACCGGGUCAUAAAAGUUAUGUUCCUAAUAUGAUAAGUGGGGCUUCACAAGCUGACAUUGGCAUUUUGGUGAUAUCUGCUCGGAAAGGAGAGUUCGAAACUGGAUAUGAAAAAGGAGGUCAGACCCGUGAGCACGUCUUACUUGCAAAGACCUUAGGUGUUUCCAAGCUUAUCGUUGUGGUUAACAAGAUGGAUGAGCCUACUGUCAACUGGUCAAAGGAAAGGUAUGAUGAAAUAGAGUCAAAAAUGAUUCCUUUCUUGAAAUCUUCAGGCUACAAUGUCAAAAAAGAUGUCCAUUUUCUUCCAAUAUCAGGUUUGGCCGGAUCAAACUUGAAGACAAGAAUGGACAAAAGCGUAUGCCCCUGGUGGAAUGGUCCAUGUCUUUUCGAAGUGCUAGAUGCUGUUGAAGUCCCUACACGAGAUCCUAGUGGCCCUUUUAGGAUGCCCAUCAUAGAUAAAUUUAAAGACAUGGGAACUGUUGUCAUGGGUAAAGUAGAAUCUGGCUCAAUACAAGAGGGUGACUCAUUAAUUGUCAUGCCAAACAAGGUUAAUGUGAAAGUUGUUGCCGUAUAUGUUGAUGAAAAUAAGGUCAAAUGUGCGGAACCUGGUGAAAAUCUAAGGGUUAGAUUGUCUGGGAUUGAAGAAGAAGAUAUAUUGUCGGGCUUUGUCUUGUCAAGCAUUUCUAAGCCAAUUCCAGCUGUUAAUGAAUUUGUUGCUCAAUUGCAGAUCCUUGAGUUGCUUGACAAUGCAAUUUUUACUGCUGGGUACAAGGCAGUUUUGCAUGUUCAUUCUGUCGUUGAAGAAUGCGAAAUUGUGGAGCUACUGCAACAAAUUGAUAGAAAGACUGGGAAACCAAUGAAAAAGAAGGUUCUUUUUGUAAAGAGCAACACGAUUGUUGUGUGCCGGAUCCAGGUGAACAACUUAAUAUGCGUGGAGAAGUUUUCUGAUCUUGCCCAGCUUGGAAGAUUUAAUCUUCGAACUGAAGGGAAAACUGUUGCUGUUGGGAGAAUUACUGAUUUUGGAAACAGUGCUUAAACAAUUUUGCUAUAAUAUGUAAAGCAGCCACAAUAAUAUAUUGUUUAUUGGGAAGCUUGCAUUUCUCCUGAGGCUGUACAUGGUUUGUUCUGAUUUGGUUCGAUCGAGUUUGGCCCUAAAAUAAGACCAAACCAGAAAUUACAGUUUGAAAAUUAAUAGACCGGACCGUUUAGAUAUCGGACUAGACCACUCUAAAACGGUUGGCCCAAUCUAAAUUACCUUUUUUUUAGCUCUUUUUAAAUAUUGUAUUGCCAAGGAUUGCAAAUACUUGCACUUGACUGCGGAGCUUACUAUUUUCACCUUGUUGGUUGACUGUUAGGAAUUGUUUUUUAACAAAUACAUGUAUACUUGAACCUUCAUUCGUUAAAUUAAAAGAUUAUGAUAUUUUUGAUGCUAUUGAUA